UUUCACAAACAUGGAAAGUUUUAGUACUACGACAAGGAAGAGAGGGCUCAACUCUUUUAAGGUGCUAGAUGAUGAUACAGGAGCGAUAGUUUAUGUAUUUGGGCAAAAUUCUUAUGGAGAACUUGGUAUUGGAGACCUUGAAGAAAGGCACAUCCCAACUAAGCUGUCCUUCUUUGAUAAUAUUGAUAUUGCACAGGUUGCAGCAGGGAAUGAGCAUACAGCAGCCUUAGCCAAGGAUGGAAAGGUGUACACAUUUGGCUUUAACGGGAGUGGACAACUUGGACAUGGAAAUACUAAAUCCUGACAUCUCCCUAGAGUUGUAGAAUCCCUUAGCGAGAAAAAGCUAUCAUUCAUUUCCUCGGCCAAUGGAUGAGAGCAUCUAUCUCUAGUCAGCGAAAAGGGAGAAAUCUUUGUUUGUGGGUAUAAUAAUUAUGGACAGCUAGGAAACGGAAACCAAGUAAAUCUACUAGAGCCAACUACUCUUGAUGAUUUCAAAAAUAGAUGAGUGUCUUAUGUAGCAUGCAGCUAUUAUCAUACCAUCUUUGUCAUUAAUGAAUCAGAAGAUGCUUUACAAACAGAUGAGGUUCCUUCAAAGACAUCAGUCUACUCUGUUGGGAGGAAUGAUAAUGGGCAAUUGGGUAUAGAGAAUACGACCCACAGUUUCCUUCCUAAAUUAAUCUCCUCGCUAAACUCAAUAGUCAUCACCAAGGCAGCCUGUGGGCUCCAUCACUCAGUCUUCCUGACUAAUGAUGGGAAGGUAUAUAGCACUGGGUUUAAUGAUAAUGGGCAGCUAGGUAUCGGAAACAAUACUCAGAAAAACAAACCAGUGCUUGUAAAAUCUCUAGAGGAUGAAAAAGUGGAGGAUAUUUCUUGUGGAUAUUACCACACUCUUGCUAAACUCCAAAAUGGAGAUAUCUACUCCUUUGGAAGGAAUGAUAAAGGCCAAUGAGGGAUCAACGAGGAUGGCUUCUCGUCUAUAAAGUCUCCCAUGGAGAUCAAAGAGUUUGAUGUUCCGAUGACUUUACAAGGAAUUUUUGGUUCACAUUGUGAUGCUUAUAAAACUUCUAGUGGAUCGUCAAUGUUAAAGGAAUAUAUGAGAGUUACAGGCAUUAAGAUCGCUAAAAUAGCAUGUGGCUGUUACCAUUCUAUUCUGUUGAGUGAGACAGGCCAUGUAUUUACUUUUGGAAGAGGUAACCAUGGGCAGCUUGGCCAUGGAAAUAAAGAUAAUAUUACUGUCCCCAGGCUGAUCUACUUCUUUAAAGACAAGAAAGCUACUGACAUUGCUGGUGGAUUCUAUCACACCAUAGUCCUGGUCAAUGACAGGUUUCCAAAAGUAAAUUCAUUAUCCUUCGAUAUGCGGAAGCUCCUUGAAGAUCCAUCACGUUCUGAUAUUUCCUUUCAAGUACAAAAAGAGCUAUUUCAUGCUAAUCGUUGUAUAAUCCAUGCGCGUUGAAAAUCUCUUUCUCGUCAUAUAGAUGCUGAGGCGUCUGAGUCAGAUGACCUAAUCCGAGAAGCUGUAGGGACUAAUUGUGCUACACAUAAAAUUCUAGAAAUCAACGAUUGUGACCCGAAAGCAUUCAAAAUUUUACUAGAGUUCAUCUACACUGGUAUGGUCCAGAAUGUGCCAGAGUUCACCACUUUUGUCCUCCUGGAUGUCUUCUGAUUAGCUCUGAAAUAUGGCAUCAAGAAGCUAAUAUUUGAGUGUGAAGAGUACUUAUUGAAAAACAUCAGAGUUGAAAACGCAGCUGCCAUUCUAUCGAAGACCAAUGAUCUUGGGAUUGAAGCAGAAAGUUUACAGCAGCAAAGUCAUGAAUUCAUCAUCGAUAAUUUCGGACCUGUCAUCAAGACACCAGAGUUUCUAAAUUUACCUAAGGAUAUCAUGGCUGAAGUAUUUGCAAAGGCAAGUGAACUGGGUGUUAAGAUCAAUGCUAAAUCUGAAUAACCCAAUUGUUUCCUUCAAUGUUAAGUAUGUCAAAGGUAUUU